AAAAGCACAUGUUUGCAGAAUAAACUUGCAGACAUCUGACUCUCUUCUUCUUGGCCUCUGAUGAUUUUCUUUACUGGAAAUGUUCCGGUUCUAGGGGAAUAGGUGACAGACCCUGCAUAGCUCCAGAUCUGGUUGUGCAUCCAAAGCUGCUGCAUGAGAGAGUAGGAGGGAACUGAAGCAAAAGCUGAGCACAACUCUGCCUUUCUGUAAACUGUUUGCUAGGAGACUGCGGGCUGGGCUUCUUUCUCUGACUUGGUGGCACAGACCUUUAGGACUACAGCUGCACAAGGUAUUGGCUCAUAAGAUAGGCUGCUGGGCCCCCUCAAUCUGCUGGCAACAACAGACAUGGAAACAGAGUAACAGAGGACCACACGUCAGCCUGCACCUCACUCAACAACACAUUCAAGUGUCCUGUGCGACCAUCUACUGUGCCAACAUGAAAGACGACUUUGCUGAAGAAGAGGAGGUACAGUCAUUUGGAUACAAGAGGUUUGGUAUACAGGAAGGAUCACAAUGUACGAAAUGUAAAAAUAACUGGGCACUGAAGUUUUCUAUCAUAUUGCUGUAUGUUCUGUGUGCGCUGCUAACGAUCACCGUCUCUAUACUGGGAUACAAAGUUGUAGAAAGGAUGGAUGGGGUGACGGAUGACAUGGAAAUGUCACACAGGGGCUACUCAAAGCAACUUUCUGAUGUGGAAGUGAAUCUGAAGAAAUUAGAUGAUCAAGCGGGAGUAAAAUCAAUCUCUACCACUAGUGAGCUUUCGAGUGUUAGGUCGGACAUUGCCAUCAUCCGUCAGCAACUGCGAGAAAUCACUGAGAAAACAACACGAAACAAAGACACCUUAGAAAAGUUGCAGGAAGCUGGAGAUUUACUAGAUGCAAAGCAAAACCAAAUGAAAACUGUACUAGACAACAACUCCUUAAUGAUCAAUGGUCUCAAUCACACCUUACUGGCGUAUAAUACAUACGUCUCCAGCUUGCAGCAGGAUACAAAUAGUCUACAGACAAGCCUGCAAAACCAAAUGCAGUUAAGCAGUGUGAUCGUAACGAAUAUCAGUAACCUAAACAUAACACAGAUUCAACAGAGGACUGCCAUAAGUGCUUUGCAGAGAUCUGUUGACGAUACAAGCCAAGCUAUUCAAAAAAUCAAGAAUGACUUUCAAAGUUUGCAGCAAGCUGUCCUCCAGACUCGGAAAGACACAGAAUGGCUCAAAGACAGGGUACAAAACCUACAGACUAUUGCUACAAAUAAUACAGCUUUGGUGAAAGCCAACAACGAGACUCUGGAAGACAUGAGCAGCCAACUAAAUAACCUUGGAACACAAAUUGACAACGUCACAGUGAUUGCACAAAGCAAUGAACAAAAUCUCAAGGACCUUCAGGAUUACCAUAAACAGUAUGAAAACCGAACCAAUUCCAAGAUUAGCCAUUUAGAAGAUCGUUUUCAGAAAUUUGAAGUGGACAUAGUUAGCAUUAUCAGCAACAUUAGCUACACUGCCCUUCAUCUAAGGACGCUGACUAGCAACCUCAAUGAUGUUAGGACAAGCUGUACUGAAAUACUGAGUAAGCAUACUGAUGAUCUAGUUAAUCUGAACAGCUCUCUAAGCAACAUGCAGACAGACACUACUUUCCUAAGGAUGCAGCAAGAUUUAAUGAGAACAAGCUUAGAUAAUGAAGUUGCCAAUUUGUCAUUUAUUAUGGAAGAAAUGAAAGUGGUGGAUUCAAAGCAUGGACAGCUCAUCAAGAACUUCACCAUUUUACAAGGACCUCCAGGUCCCCGAGGAUCUAAAGGUGAAAGAGGAUCUCCAGGAUUUUCUGGGCCUAUUGGACCAAAGGGACAGCUAGGAGAAAAGGGAGAACCAGGGCCACCUGGUCCUGUAGGUGAAAAAGGGCCACCUGGACCAAUUGGCCCUCCAGGAGAAAAGGGUUCAAAAGGCUCAAGAGGUUCACAAGGCAACAAAGGACAGAGAGGGUCUCCAGGAAAACCUGGUGAAGCUGGGCCAAAAGGAGAUCCAGGGCCCCAAGGACCACCUGGAAAUAAUGGAAUGCUUGGGCCUUCUGGUCCGCCAGGACCACAGGGGGAAAAAGGAGUCAAUGGGGAACCUGGAGCUCCAGGGAUUAGAGGGUCAUCUGGACCUCCAGGAAUACCUGGAUUACCUGGAAUACCUGGACCUAGAGGUCCUCCAGGGCCUCCUGGAGAUUUGGGAAGUUCUUUAGCAUUACAUCAGUCUCCUUCAGCAGAAGUAAUGCUUGAACCUGUGGUGACCGGUUGCCCUCUGGAGUGGAAGAACUUUUCUGAUAAAUGCUACUACUUCUCAACUGGAAAAGAUAUAUUUGAUGAUGCCAAACUGAUCUGUAAAGAAAAGGCAGCGAUGUUAGUUGUGAUUGAAACCCAAGCAGAGCAACAAUUUUUGAAGAAACAAACAAGUGGAAAAGGAAACUUCUGGAUAGGUCUCACAGAUACUGAGGAAGAGGGUACAUGGAAAUGGCUGGAUGGUACUACUCUAAACUACAAAAACUGGAAAGAAGGACAGCCGGACGAUUGGUCUCAUCACACUGGACCAGGAGAAGAUUGCGCUGGGUUAAUAUAUUCAGGCUUGUGGAACGACUUUCUCUGUCAAGACUACAAUAAUUUCAUUUGUGAGAAACCCAUUGAUACAACUCAGGUACCUGACGUCUCAUAGCUUCAGAGAGGGCGGAAGGUGCACAGAACGCCAAAAUGAAUUGGAAGAACAGGCUGUUCACCACAUAAUAAAUUGGACAAUGGGUGACAUUGCAACAAUUUAAUGGACCAAAGAGGACUUGUUUUGAGGACUACUAGAAAUUCAGUGCCAGGAUUUUGUUUUUCAAAUGCUACCAUGAACUUUGGAGUAGACUGUGGUUUCAGAGCCAUGAGAAAAAGCUACCAAUAUCUUCAGAAAUGUUUCAUUCCCUACCUGAAAUAUAUCGACUGCAUUUCUUCUAUUCCAUACGUAUGCAGUACUAGCCUUUGAAAUUAUGAAAUAUUUCAAGAUAUUUUUGACAAAAUGCCUUAUAGAGAAUUUAACAAUACUGGUAUAUAGUGCAAUUUUUUUUUUAUCAGAAUAUAGUUUUUAAAGCUUUGUAUUUUUGUACAAAACUCUAUCAUGUUAUAUUUUUUUUACUCGUAUAUAAGAAUACCGACACCAAAGAAAGCAAUGGUACAUGCAUUAUUCAUACAGUAAUCAGAUAGUCAAAGAAAAAUGUUAUCAAAAAUAUGUAUUUCUCAUAAGCUGACAUUUUUAUACUUUCAUAUUUUCGUCGUAAUCAUUUCAUGUUACGUUAAUAUGAUUACAGGCUAAAAUAGUUAGGCCAAGAGCAGAACAAGAGCAGACUUCCUAUGCUUCAUCUGGUGUAUUGUAAAAAAAACAAAAAAAAAAAAUCAGCUUUACCUCUACACUGACCAAGAAUUUAGGCAAAGAGCAGAACAAGAGCAGACUUCCCAUGCUUCACCUGGUGUGUUAUAAAAUUGAAAGUUUUUUCUGAAGAUCCUGACGGAAGCAGAUAAAUGAACUACAAGAUACACAUCUGCUUUACCUCUGCGCUGACCAAGAAUUUAGGCAAGGAACAGAACUUAAGAAGACUUCCCAUGUUGUGGUUUGUCCUUAAAAAGCAAGUGGAGAUCAUUACAAUACUACAAUUAUAAGAUACAGCUUCACCUGUGAAAAAAACACUUGCUGCACUUUGCAAUUCUCAGCCAUUUUUGUCAUUUGUCCGACCCUUUUUAAUGAAUUAAUGAAUGUUAGAUGGAGUUGUGCUGCAGAUGUCCUUUUACAACAAUGUCAGUAAAAAUUACAGUCAAACUA